AUGAGACCAGGCCCCGACAUCAAAGAUUACGAAAUGACGAUCCCAGGGCUUAGUCUUGACCAGUGGAACAACAAGAACAUUCCGCCUGUGCUUGCGAAUCUUUUCCUUCCAUCGCCGGCCUGCACCGUCGAUCAGCUCGUGAAGCGCACGUGGUGCACCCAAAAACCGCUGCGCUGCUGGGAAGACGGAACCAGUCUUAUGUUUUCUAACGAUGCACCUAUAGGCCCGCGCGAGGUCCCCCCAUGGGUUCCUCUCGUAGAUCAUUACAGUGAAGGCUCACGCAUCAACAUUCCCUCUAUAAGAUUUAUGGACAAUCUCCCCUUGGGGCGCCGGAUCCGCAAUAUAUAUCUCAACUCGCUGAACAUGCAGCAGCCGAAUCAGAGCGCGGACGCCCUCUUGCUGGGCAUCCGCCACCUACCGGCCAUCCGGUUUGGCUGGCCGGAAGUUAUCCGCAGGCUACUCGAACGAGAUUGUUGGAUUAGCGAUGAAGUCCUCGAUCGUGUUUCCGCUAUGAUCAACACCCUUGUGCGGGGGACGCCCAAGUUUCCCGAAGGGGCGAUCACGCAGAAGUUUAGGUCGUGGGGGCGGAAGAAACGUUUCCACAGGAACGCGAACAUCCUCGUACCAUGGCAUCUCCCAGAUCACUGGAUCCCUGUUGUGUUCAAGAUCAGCGAGAGCAAGGUUCUUUACGCCGACUCCAAGCCCCAGUAUACGAAGUCCCACAAUCUCUGGCCGGCGGCGGAGCGUACCAUACUGGCAGCGGCUCGAGGAAUAGACGCAGGGUUAAAUAUUCCCGAACGGCACUGGGUCAUAGAUUCGGAAACGUUGAUAUGCGGCGUGCAGGAUGACAGUUCUUCUUGCGGCAUCGCAACCGCAAUGACACUGUUGCGGUAUGCCUUCCCCGAUCGUCCCUCCUUCGUUUCAGGAUGCGCUGCGGAACAGCGCUGGGAGUUGCUCUUGGAAUUGGUAUCGAACGCCGAGGCGACCCCCCUCGGUCGUUCCGAACACGCUAGUGUUUGGGAGGAUGAAUCCCAUCCGCCUCCCCUGGUCCUUUUCAAUCCAUCGCCGCCGGAGCCCCAGGGCGCCAUGUUGGAGCAGAAGGCCACGCCGUCCCGGUUCCAACCGCCGCCAUCACAUUUCCAGAGCGACCCAGCGGAUCGAACGCACGCCAGCCAGGGGCGCGUCCAAGUCCGCACGUGUUCCUCCGCUACCCCGUUCUUCUGUGGUGACCUCGCAGCGGUCAAACAAGAGCCCAAGCGCGCCGUACCGCCGCCUUCAUUAUUUCAGGGCGAUUUGGUGGGGCCUCCGGCAAUACGCGGCACCGGUGUUUCACUUCCGACGGCGUUGGGUAGCACGCCAGCCAGGGGCGCGUCCAAGUCCGCACGUGUUCCUCCGUCUACCCCGUUCUUCUGUGGUGACCUCGCAGCGGUCAAACAAGAGCCCAAGCGCGCCGUACCGCCGCCUUCAUUAUUUCAGGGCGAUUUGGUGGGGCCAAUGGCAAUACGCGCCGCAAGUCUUUCACUUCCGACGGCGUUUGAAGGGGAAGACACCAAGAUGAACAAGCAUUAUGGCCUGUGA